AUCAGCGUAAGCAAGCAGCAUCUAGCUCCAAGCAUCCCCAACCCAAGAAAAAGCGUCUUGCUUUCACUAGCAAGCCAAGGGGAAGAAACGUGCAUCAAUGGCGGCGAGAGCAAGAGCGGUGGCAGCCAUGUCCAGCAGCAGCAGCGUCCUCCUGGCCGCGGCGGUGGCACUGACACUGCUGGUGUCGUCGGCGUCGGCGCAGUCCGGUUGCACGACGGCGCUGGUCGGCCUGUACCCGUGCAUGAACUACAUCAGCGGCAACGACACAGCGCCGACCAAGUCCUGCUGCUCGCUGUUUUUCUUUUUUGCGACUCUGUUCCCUGGGUCGUUGACGAAGGACAUGUCCUUUUUGCUUGCAGCUGGAGGCGGCAGUGCUCCGGGCGCUGGCUCGGGAUCGAAGACGACACCGACGGCGUACUUGCAGGGGAGUGGCGGGUCGUCGUUACAUGGCAUGGCGGGUCUGGUGCUCGCGCUCUCGGCUGCUGUGAUCUUCGUCGUGUCCACCGUGUGAGGUCUCGGGCUCUCGGCCUUGUCUGAAGCACUAGUUGGUUGGAGAUUGUGUUUCUUGGGUGGUUGUAUUUGCAUUUCCUAUUUUUUGAGGGUUCAUCUGGGCACCGGUGAGGACUGAGGAGGAAUAUGGAGUCAGUGUCGUGUUCCACAUUUGUAAUAUUAUUGGUUGUUUUUGCUGCGGUCACAAUAAAAUCAACACGUGAAAGAAAGAUCAACAUCA